AUGCUCGGGGGUUUGCCGGUGUCCACCAUCUUACAGUGUUGCUCCCGCAGUUGCGGUUGCUUCCUUGUACCGCUGUGUGGGGCGUGUUUACAGUUCAAUGCAUUCAACUACUGGUCUGUGGCUUUCGAGCCACACAUCGAAUACGGAGAGAGCGAAGGCGGCAUCUCAGACGAGGAGGAAGAUAUGCCUGUCCCAGUCGCUUCAGUGACAGGCAUUGCAGCGCUGCCAGAGACACAGAGCCCCAGAGCUGCGACGGAUAUGCAGCCACCAGCGUCACAAGAGUCGGGGAAGCGAACCCUUGCCCUGAACUAUUACUUUGGACUUGAUCAGGCAGAAAGCAGCCGCGCUUCUCUUUCCGCAACUCACGCAGCCACCUCCGUGGCUAACCUCGUAGCCUCUAGGGCAACCGGAGAUACUAGCAGCUCCUCGGACUCCAGCGAAGACCCGUUCGACUUGCUCAGCAGCCGCGACAGUAGCAGCAGCAGCAGUAGCAGCAGCAACACUUCGAGCUCCAGCUCCUUAGGGGCUCCACAUCUGGAAUUUUGCACCUCAGUUGGAAUUGUCGCAUCACAGCAGCAGCUGGCGGAGCCUGCGGAAUGUAUGCGCCGCUCAGCAUCAGAAGGGGCUGAACUGGCAUCGCUGGAAAGAACACAGGGAGACAACAGCGGUCCCGAAAAGCAACCGCAACGGCCAUCGACGGCAAAUGCACCUGGUAGGCUGUUGCUGCCUUCCGUCGUUUCAAUAUCGAGCUUUAGACUUGGCCCACUCGGCUUCGGAAGGGUCAAGAAUGCAGCAGCGACUGUACCCGCGAUGCAGGAAGCUCCUGCAGCAGCUACAGCCGGUGCUUCUGCUUCGAAAGACAGCACGAAACCUACUGCUGCAGUUACGGAUGCCGCCGGAUCGGGCUCUCAUCCUGAGGUUGAAGGCCACCUGCAAGCUACUCUACACCCGAAACAGCAGCUUCCCUUGCAUAGAUUUCCACUGCCUUCCCCCCCAACAAAAGGCGCUCCGGCUGCGGUAGCAAUGGACUCUGGGCAUGUGCUGCAGCCGUUCAGUCCUGGUGUCCGCGCAGCCGCAAUUUUGGGGCUUCAGAUGGGCAAGGCGGAGGCUAGUGGAGCAACGCAAAUAGGAACAAGAGCAAGUGAGGCUCCGAGCGCCUCUGAUGGAGAGUGUCUUCUAGCAGGGAGUCCAGAACAGCAUCUAGGCACGAACGACACCCAUCUCGCUGGAGACAGCUGCGGAAUUCCGUCCAAUGUAUUGCCGCCAGUUCCCGCAAGUAGGCGAGGAAGCAUAUCUCCUCGAGAGACCCGCAGAAGUAAAAGUGAAGAUGCUGGCUCAGCUUGCUCUCCCUUAGGAACUGGGAUGGAUGCAGCUGUAAAUCCUGGAGCCCAACGGGAAGUUGGUGGGGCAUCUGCGCAGAGAGUUUCUGGGAGUCAUGCCACCUCUUCCACUUUCCGUCGAAGCCUGGCACCAACGCAUUUCACUAGUGCCAGGUUUUCAGCUGGACCCCCCCCCGCUAGCGCUGUUGCUCCGUCACGUUCUGCGACACGCCUUUGGCUGCCGAAGAACACCGGUGAAAUGCAAGGAUGUAGCAUUACGAGUGCAAUGUUCAUGGCGUUAGCUCAAGAAACACCUGCGCCCAGUCGGCCUACAGACAGCCCCAAAAGGGGCGUACCUAGGAACUCAUUCAGUGCAGCAUUUGCUGCAGCAGGAGUGGCAGCGAAGGCUGCGGAGUUCACAGCACGGGCAGCUGGACGGAUUCGCGGGUCGAUGGCAGGUUCUGCCGACGGUCUUGGCUCGUAUUCUUCAUUCGAAUCAACAGAUCCCCUAACCAGCCGUUGUGAUUCUUUUGCCUCUGCAGCCAGCCGCACUCGGAAUGAUGACGAGUCACACGUACAAUCUCCAGGACAGCAUCAACGACAGCAGAAGGACGAGGAUGGAACAGCUGAAGAUUAUCAGCCAGCAGGAAAUCGCAGUGUCUGCAGCUCUCCCGUUCCACGAACCGCUUCAUAUGAGUCUCUGUUAACUGGUAGCCCCAAAGAGGCUGACGCAGCAUCUCCUUCCCCCAGUCGUUCAAGUGUGAGCUAG